AUGUCUCCAAAAAAUCAACGUUUAAUUUAUUCUGGAAAAUUACUCGAAGACACAACUAGAUUACAUCAGAUAUUUAAAUCAGCAGCACAAUCGACUACUUCAACAGUACAUAUGGUAUUAGCUGCUGAAAUCUCUCAUCAGGUAGCUAAAUCAGCAUCGACAGCGACAGCAACUAUUUCAGAAAAUGAAAAUGAAUUGCGUCAACGAAAAGCCGAUAUAGAGUCAACAACAAAUUGUUCUUCUAUUAGUGCUGAUAAUGAGAGAAGAGCAACGGAUAUUCAGCAUUCUUCUGCUUAUGAAGAAUAUAGUCAGCAACUGCGUGCUUAUAAUCAACAAUUACAAAGUCAGAAUUUGUUAUUCUCUCAAAGUGGUAAUAUAUCCGGAAUUUAUAAUCCGUUUUCUACAGUUUCAUCAAACAGUAAUCAGAGUCAAAAUGUGAUACAAUCACAGAAUAGUGCAGCAAGCGAUACUCAAAGACCGCCGACAUCUGUUCAACCACCAGUUGCACCGGUGCCACCAGCAAGACCACACGCUGAAAGAGCACAUAAUGAGCGAGAAGACGAUUUACUUGGCACAUUGCAUAUGCUUGCAGAAUUGUUUGUAUUAUGUUCAAUUAUAUAUUUUUACUCGACAUUUCAUCGUUUUUUAAUUGUUUUCAUCAUAUUUGCAAUAUUAUAUCUUCAUUGUCGAGGGUAUUUAACCAUAUCACGUCGUAGAAGACGUCCGCCUGCACGACAUCAAACUCCUCCAGCUGUAUCUGUACGGCCACCACAACAACCAGCACAAGCACAACCAGAUGCAAAUCAGUCUGGUAUUCAACAGCAACCACCACAGGAAGAAAAUCAGGAGCAUACGGAACAAACUCCCACACCACAGGUUCCUAAUGAACAACCAAAUGGCAAUGAUAUUCAGCGCGUAAAUCAAACACUAUCUUAA